AUGAAAUUUAUUGCGCCGAUGCCAAAAGUGACACUCAGUACUCACAGUGACAGAUCCGACUUUCAGUUCAUAGACAACUAUAUCAUUGAAGAGAAACUACCCAUAGUAGAAAUACUUGGAGAAAUUAGACCCUGGAGGGCGAUGGCGACAAGCAGGACCGGUGCUGCUCAACGGCCGAACGGCGCUCCUCAAACGAAAGUAUGCCAGUUCAAGCUAGUGCUUCUAGGCGAGUCGGCGGUAGGGAAAUCCUCGCUGGUGCUUCGAUUCGUCAAGGGCCAGUUCCACGAGUACCAGGAGAGCACGAUCGGCGCAGCGUUCCUUACGCAGACCGUAUGUCUCGAUGACACUACUGUUAAGUUCGAGAUUUGGGACACGGCGGGGCAGGAGAGGUAUCACAGCUUAGCACCGAUGUACUACAGGGGUGCGCAAGCAGCGAUCGUCGUAUAUGAUAUUACUAAUCAGGACACAUUCGGGCGCGCCAAGAACUGGGUCAAAGAACUGCAGCGGCAAGCGUCUCCAUCCAUAGUGAUAGCCCUGGCGGGCAACAAGAGUGACUUGGCCGCUAAACGCAUGGUGGAGUUCGAAGAGGCGCAGGCGUACGCGGACGAGAACGGCCUGUUGUUUAUGGAAACCAGCGCCAAGACAGCCAUGAACGUUAAUGAUAUAUUCUUAGCUAUCGCGAACAAGUUACCAAAGAGCGAGGGUGUGGGCGGCGGGCCAGCGGCGGGCGCGCGGCGGCUGGGAGACGCCGAACAGCAGCGGUCCUCCUCCUGCUGCAAGUGA